AGGAUCCUCGCGCCGAGCGGACCCUCCCGCAGUUCCCGGCGGGAGGGCGAGGGCAUUUGGGCCUAGUCGGUGACAGGGGUGAGUGGGUCUGGGGAGGGGACGAGGAGGGAAGCGCCGUUUCUGCGCCGCCCGCGGUCACCCUUGGCGUUCCGCGCGCUCAGUGGCCUGGUGUAGGGCUCAGGCCGCGCGGGGAGGGCCUGGCGGGGCCAGUCCUGGAGAAAGGGGGGAGAAACAGGAUUAGAGGGGUUCUGUGAUUGGCCACAGCCGACGAGGGAAGGAGCUGGGAUUCAAAUCCAGAGCCUUUUUGAGUCCAAGUCUCAGACUAUUUUGAACAUGGUACCACUUAAAGAAUUGGGUUUUAUUCAAGUCUUUAUGCUUCGUGACACCAGCACACUGUUUGGACCAUGUGGUCUGUGCAUAUCCACUGUCUUCAUGUACCUUUUGUAAAAAUUUUUCAGUGAUUGGUCCAAGUUAUAGAAUUCCGACCGUGUGGCAGCAUUCUAGAUCCUUUUGCUGACUUUAAUGUUUUCUGCUCAGCCAUCAUUAGGGGACCGUAGAGGUGGCUGCUUAGAAUAAAUAACUGGAGCCUGCAGCUGCCUGGUAAGGAGACAGAUGGAGCUUAAGGUGGGAGUUGUUCCUUGUGAGCCUAGACAUUAAAAGGACCAGACUCCCUGGGCUCCUGAGAGUGGAGGACACCCACGCAGCUGUGAAGCCUCCCGCCAGUUUCCUCAUCAAAAGUGGGCAAGCCCCAUCAGGACUCUCUGCCUUCUGGGCUGAGGCCAGAGAGUUCCCCAGAAGGGAGUGCUGAGGUCGUCAUGCUGCAGCAGCUCCUGAUCGCCCUGCCCAGCGCGGCGAGCGCCUGGGUGAAGUUGCGCCAUCCAAAGAAGGCCGAGGAGGAGGCGCCCCUGUGGGAGGACAUUACUAAAAUGUUUGAAGGAGCAGCUCUGUUCUCUUGGGCGGCUGAUAAAACCCAGGGAGAACGUUGUGAGUAUGAAAUGACCCAUGGGUCUCUGACAACAGAAUCCCAGGAAUUGUUGACCUUCAAGGAUAUAUCUUUGGACUUCACCGAGGAGGAAUGGGGACAACUGGCACCUGUUGACCGGAAUCUGUACCGGGAGGUGAUGCUGGAGAACUAUGGGAACCUGGUCUCAGUGGGGUAUCAGCUUUCCAAACCUGGUGUGAUUUCUCAGUUGGAGAAAGGAGAAGAACCAUGGCUAAUUGAGAGAGAUAUUUCAGGAGGUCCAAGUUCAGAGUUGGAGAGCAAAAUAGAAACCAAAGAGUCAACCUUCAAGAAUGAUAUUUCAUGGGAAGAAUUACACCAUGGCCUGAAGAUGGAAAGAGGAAACACCUUGUAUUUGAAAUUGGGAAGAGUUUCCAGAAGUGCUAAGUUAGAAAGCCAUCUGGAAAAUCAAGGAAUGGGUGAGGGGCAAAUCUCCUUGACCCACAAGAAAACACUCAUGCAGGAGAGAGGCCAAGAAUCUAAUAGAUUUGAGAAAAGUUUUAACAUGAGCUCAAAAGUUAUUAUAAGACCAGUUGGUUCUCCAAGAAAAAGAGACUAUAAGUAUGACAUGUAUGGAAAAAGAAGAAGAUACAAUUUAGAUUUGAUUAAUCAUUCAAGGAGCUAUACAAGAACAAAAACCUUUGAAUGUAAUAUUUGUGAAAAAGUCUUCAAACAGCUCAUUCAUCUCACAGAGCACAUGAGAAUUCAUACUGGGGAGAAACCUUUCAGAUGUAAAGAAUGUGGAAAAGCCUUUAGCCAGAGUUCAUCCCUUAUUCCACAUCAGAGAAUCCACACUGGUGAGAAACCCUAUGAAUGUAAGGAAUGUGGGAAAACCUUCCGACAUCCAUCGUCUCUUACUCAACAUGUUAGAAUUCAUACUGGGGAGAAGCCCUAUGAAUGUGGUGUAUGUGAGAAAGCAUUCAGCCAGAGCAUUGGGCUGAUCCAGCAUCUGAGAACUCAUGUUAGAGAGAAAUCUUUUACAUGCAAAGACUGUGGAAAAGCAUUUUUCCAAAUUAGACACCUUAGGCAACAUGAGAUUAUUCAUACAGGUGUGAAACCCUUUAUUUGUAAUGUAUGCAAUAAAACCUUCAGCCAUAGCACAUACCUAACUCAGCACCAGAGAACUCAUACUGGGGAAAGACCAUAUAAAUGUAAGGAAUGUGGGAAAGCCUUUAGCCAGAGAAUACAUCUUUCUAUCCAUCAGAGAGUACACACUGGAGUGAAACCUUAUGAAUGCAAUCAUUGUGGGAAAGCGUUUAGGCAUGAUUCAUCCUUUGCUAAACAUCAGAGAAUUCAUACUGGAGAAAAACCCUAUGAUUGUAAUGAAUGUGGGAAAGCCUUCAGCUGUAGUUCAUCACUUAUUAGACAUUGCAAAACACAUUUAAAAAAUACCUUCAGCAAUGAUAUGUGAAAUAUGUUCAACAUUGAAGAGUCCUCGUAUUGGAACAAAAGCAUCUAAAUCAGUGGUUUUCUGACUUUCUGAUAUUAAGAACCAAUAAUUUUUAAAUGGUUUGAAUCAGUGUUUCAACUAUUAAUUUUGCCAUAUUAAAAAACCCACCUGUUAUCAGCAUUGUUUUAGAAAAGAAAGUAUAUUUUAAUAUUUUUAAAUAUAUGAAGGAUAUCAUCAUAAAGCAUAGCCCUUUACAUUGAAUUGUCAGCUUUAUAAAAAUCUACCAAAUUUGUCUUUGUUUUUCUCAUUUCACGAUGGCCAAUGAAAACUUCAUCAUGGCAAGUCAGUAAUCUGUGGAUUGGCUUUAAAGAAUCGCUGUUUUAAAUAUCCCUUUAAUGAACCAGAAUAAAGUACAGUGUAAUGUUUUACUAUAGCCCUUUAAAUGGCUAGAAGAGGUAUGAAUAAAAAUAUUGGUUGGCUUAUUUCUAGAAGAAAUAAUGUUAAAGUGAGCUUUCCAGAAUUAAUAGAUAACCUACUAUACACGAGAUAUUUAUGUAUAUUUUAUGGUUUCUUAUAGAGAAGAAUUGGCAAGGUUUUUCUAUAAAGGGCCAGAUAGUAAAUAUGCUAGGUAUUGUAAACCAUAUGGUCUCUGUCAAAACUACUCAACUCAUCACUUUAGUGCUAUAAAGCAUCCAGAGACAGUACAUAAACUAGGGUAUCCCAGUCUUAGUACUACUGAUAUUUCGGGCCAGAUACUUUGUUAUGGUCAGUUGUCAAAACUGGAAAUUUUGACAUUUUUGGUUGUCAAAGGGGUAAGGGAAAUUUUUGUAUCUAGCACUGUAGUCUGUUUAGCAGUUUCUCUGGCCCCAAGAUGCCAGUACUAGAUACAAAAAUUUCCCUUACCCCUUUGACAACCAAAAAUGUCUCCAGGCUUUCCUAAGUGUCCCCUGGGGUCUCGAUUGGCCCUACUUGAGAACUACUGACAUAAAUGAAUGGGCGUAGCUGUAUUCCAAUAAAAAUUUUUAUUUAAAAAACAGGAUUUGGAUUGCAUUUAGCCCAAGUGCAGUAGUUUACCACUUCUGCUAUGGAGUCAGUCAAUGAUUAAUAAUCACAAAAGCCUUUAAUGUCAAAUUAGUAUGUUUGUGUAUAUCUAUGCCAUGAGUCUUAUCUCGUUAUGAAUUCCUUUGCUAUUUUGUUGAAAUAAGUUUUGAAAAUCACAUUUUCAAUGCUGCCAUGAGAGCCUAGAAAUUAUUUAUGGAGAUAUUUAUGCAGAUUUCAGUUCAUAAUGAUGCUUUUCUUGUUCAUUUGUAAGUACUUUGGGAUGUAUCACUAAAAGAUAAGCACUCUUUUAAAACAUAACUGCAAUGCUGUUUUACACCAAAGAAGAUUAGGCCUUAAUUCCUUAAUGCAAAUUGAUGCCUUUUGAAGAUUUGAAUUGAAUUAUGUAUCCAUGGUGUCAAUAGAGAAAGGAGAUCCCUAUACUUUCCUACGUAGAUUUUAUAAGUGAGGAAAUGUUUUUGUCUUUUUUUUUUUUGCUUUGCACAUGGAUCAGAAUUAAUUCACUACAACCUAUAUUGAGAUUGGUAGCUGCCAUUUUAAUUAUCUUUAACUUUCCCUUUGACAAACAGUAUCAGAUUCAAAAUGUGCUUUUUAUUGAUUGGCGGUUCUUUAAGAAAAUCCCCAGAACAACACGUCUACAGACCCAUCCCCCCCCCCACCAAAGAAGACCAAGGAGAAGGUGACUUCAAGGGCCAUACUAAGGCAGGAAAGAGGAGGAAUUGGCUCAUAGUACUUCACUACACUUAAUAGAUCCUGCAUCCUUCCAACCAUAAUUGGACGUAGGUUAAAUUCAACUUGAUACUCUUCCAUGGCAGAGCAAUUCAAUUGCCUGAGCAUUAUAUAUGUGAACAAUCAAAAAUAAGCCUGUCAGUCCAGAAUAUGUACCAUUUACCUCUUAGUUUUUUUCCUAUUAUUACACUUACUUUUUAAAAAAUGGGCCUCUAACUCUCGAGUCCUUGUAUGAUUUUGAUGGGUUAAAGGACAGAGCAGAUACAUGAUGUUUCUUACAUAGGUUCUGUCAUGUUUCUGUGGUCUUAGAUUUCCCAAGAAUUUUGGUUUUCUGAUGCUACUUGCAGUGACUGUUAUGACUAUCAUUUUUGUCUACAGUCUCUGCCUUAGUGAUCUCAUAUGAUCUUAUGACUUAAAAUACCAUCUCUAUUUAACUGCCAAAUUUGUGUCUCCAGCCCAGACCUUUCUCUUGAACUCCAGCCUUGUUCAUGAUCAGGCUUUUGCAUUAGCUGUUUUCAUAUAUCCUACAACAUUACCUUCUCGUCUUUGCUCAGAUGUUGCCUUUUCACUACAACCUAUCUUGCUUCUUAAUAUUGCAACCUUUCCCUUUCACCCACCCCAACUCUAUCACUGCCAAACCCCUUAACUUAUUCCACUUUUUCUAUUACAUAUCACCUAAUGUACUAGAUAAUUUACAUAUUUAUUAUGCCUAUUGUUUACUAUCAUCUCCCCAUAGUAGUAUAUAAGUUCCAUGAAGGCAGGAAUCUGUUUAUUUUUACUGGUGUAUCACAAGUGCCCAGAACAGUGCCUGGCACACAGUAGUGACUCAAUAAAUAUUUGUUCAUUUGAACUGAAUUUAGUUAUGUAUCCAUGGUGUCAAUAGAGAAAGGAGAUCCCUAUACUUUCCUACCUAGAUUUUAUAAGUGAGGAAAUGUUUUUGUCUUUUUUUUUUUUGCUUUGCACAUGGAUCAGAAUUAAUAGGCCUGUAAGAACUGUGAAUCAUAACUGACAAACUUCUUAAGAUAGGGUAUUUUUAAGUUUGCUAGAAAUGCAGCUAAAUAUGGCUGAUGAACUAUAUGGGUUUAUCUCUGUUCUGUAAACAUGAGUUUAUAAAGAACUAGGGGAGGAUAAAAGACAAUACAACAGGAAGAGAAUACAGCAGCAGACAGGACAGGUCAACAUUUUUGGUAGUAAGAAAACAAAAGAGUGGUAACUGAUUUAGCAGAGCCUACAGAAAAGUAUAUGGCCAAGAAAAGUUUCCCAGGAAGGCUGAGGUCUUGCAGACACUGGAAAUUAUGGAAGAAAAAAGGGCUGAAACAGGAUUGGUUGAAGUUCUGUACUAACAUUCCUGAGGUCCCCUCAGCUUCCCCAUACAGCAGGCUGCUACACACACAUUGCUCUCUCUUGGGCCUUUCUCCAUUCCAUUACCACAUUUCCUUAUCCCAAAGGAGAUUAGGAGUUAGUUCUCUGGAAACCAGCCAGAGUUGAUCUGGAAUCAGGGACACCAGCCACAGUAGAACUACAGGUAAGAGGCAGGGCUAAAAUAGAGCCUAAGAUUGCAUCCUGAGCUGUGGGGCUCUCAGCACCCUUUCCCACUGAAAACCAGGCUUUCACCCCUUCAACAGUCCUCACCCCCACUUCAACUCAAGGUGGAAGGAGUCUUCUCCAGAGAAACUGAAGGAUCCAGAGAAAAGGCACUGCCACUGUGGCUACUUCAGUGAAAAACCAAGGCCAAUCACCCAAAUACCCUGCACAUGCAGAUUGAGUGUCCGAUCUCCAGAAAGAGAAGAGAAAAUGAAGGGUAGCAAAUAUAUGCACACACAAGACAAUUUUGCAGAAUUGAAAGACAUUAAUUUAAAGAUUGAAAGGCUCUUUGUACUCAGCACAGUAAGCACAAACAGCUAACAUUUUUCAUGUACUUACAAUGUGUGAGGCAUUGUUUUAAGUGCUUUAUACAUAGUAGCUCAUUUAAUUCUCAGAAAUCUCCUGAAGUGGCUAGUACUAUUAUCCCCAUCUUACAGAUGAGGAGGACAUAGAGUCCAGGUUAUACAAGUGAAGGCACCAGAUUGAAAAUGGCAGAGCUGAGAUUUGAACCCAGGCUCUCUGCCUCCAAACAGAACCCAUUCCAAAGAACAUCAUUAUGAAAUAUUAGUAUUCCAGAGGAAAAGAGAAUGUCCUAAAAGUUUCUUGAGCAAGAUGACAGGUAACUCAUCUAUAUGGGAAUCAGAAAAGAGACUACACACAGCAAUGAUCAAGCAAUGUCUUCAAAUUUUUUAGAAAAAUUACCUUCAGCCUAAAGUUCUCUGCCCAGCCAACUACCAAACAAGAUGAUGGGAAAAUAGAGACAUGUUUAGAUAGCCAGGUGUUAAAAUUUAUCUCUUAUGCACCAUUUCUUAGGAAGAUGCAGGAGAAUGUGCUCCACCAAAACAAGGGAGUAAGCAAAAAAAAAGAGAUAGCCAAAGGAUCCAGAGAACAGGGGCCUCCAACACAGGAGGCCCUCCCUGCCUUCCCUCCCUCCUGGAAGCACAAGGAAGAGGUCAUGUGAGCACACAGUGAGAUGGCAGCUGCCUCUAAGCCAAAAGAAGAAGCCUUAGAAUAAGUCUACCUUGCUGGCACCUUGACCUUGGACUUCCCAGUCUCUAGAAUUGUGAGAAAUUAAUUUCUGUUGUUUAAGCCACCCAGUCUAUGGUAUUUUGUUAUGGCAACUUGAGCAGACUAAUAAAAUAUUGUAUCUACUUAAAUUUCUGGAUAAACUUCAGUAUUCCACACUACUUCUCCCAACUCCAUUGGAUUUGUGUCCUCUCCCCACCCCCAGCCCCUUUCUCU